CACCCGUAGGAGAUAGGAAAGAUAUAGAGAGAGAAAGUAGUGAGAGAAACAAACCCAAAUAUCUCUGUUCUCUCUCUCUCUUUUUCUUCCUUGAUAUAUAUAGUUUCACACUAGUUACGCACACAAGAAAUUGAGGAAAAUGAGCUUGAUUUCCAUUCCAAUAUUAUCGUAGAAUUUCAGAUCUAGAAAAUUCCAUGCGGUUCCACGAAGAAUUUUGCUGCAUUUUCUCCGAAGGAUCACUCUGUCAACGUUCUUUCUUUAUUGUUCUUGAUAUUUCAUCUGUUUAAUCGAGAAACGUGCAAUCGGAUUUAGUUUUUUCCGUGGUUCUUGAUUCAACUUCACGGCGGGAAGUAUUGGUGAGUCUAUUAGAGUUUGGUUAUGGUUGAACUGAAGAUGAACUAGUGCGUCCAUAGGCCGGUGUUCCGAAAUGGAUGAUAGAGGAAGCGGCGGCGGAUCAUUUGUGGCAGUUAGAAGGAUUUCGCAAGGGCUUGAUAGGAGCAACACUUUUCAAACAAGUUCAGCUGAGGUUGCAGCAGGGUCAGCAGCAUGGCUUGGUAGAGGCCUUUCAUGUGUUUGUGCUCAAAGAAGAGAAGAUGAUUCUCGCCAGUCUUUUGAUUUGACCCCUGCCCAGGAGGAUUGCUUAAUGAGGCUGCAAAACAGAUUAGACAUUGCCUAUGAUAGUUCAAUUCCAGAACAUCAGGAAGCAUUGAGGGCAUUAUGGGAAGCUGCAUUUCCUGAAGAAGAGCUCCAUGGUCUAAUUUCUGAGCAGUGGAAGGAAAUGGGCUGGCAAGGAAAAGAUCCUUCCACUGAUUUUCGGGGCGGUGGGUUUAUAUCAUUGGAGAACUUAUUGUAUUUUGCGCGAAAUUUCCCGAAAUCAUUUCAAGAUCUUCUUAGAAAGCAGGAAGGUGAUCGAUCCAUGUGGGAAUAUCCUUUUGCUGUAGCUGGUGUCAAUAUCACAUUCAUGCUUAUUCAAAUGCUGGAUCUUGAAGCAGUAAAACCAAGGACUUUAGUUGGAGCUACCUUCUUGAAGUUUCUUUCAGAUAAUGAGUUGGCAUUUGACCUCCUGUAUUGCAUUGCGUUCAAGUUGAUGGAUCAUCAGUGGCUUGCCAUGCGGGCGUCUUACAUGGACUUCAAUGCUGUGAUGAAAUCAACACGACAUCAACUGGAAACAGAACUGUUGGAAAAAUAUAUAACAAGGCUUGAAGAGUUGCCAUCUUACAUGCUGCUUACUCAAUAACUACUAACUAACUAAUGGUUAGUUUGUUUGAUUCAAGGAUAUUAUUAGUUGCAAGGUAUGAAGAUUAAUUCUCAUAAAGUAGAAGAGAGUUUUUACUAUAAUCCAAUGUAUUGUUUGGCAUAAUAUCAUGUUUGCUUUGGUGCAUGACAAGGUGAUUUUUGGUUUUACUAAUGUUGUCAAGGUGUGAC